GCUUUGAUUCAAAAGCUCUAGCCAGGGAUGAAUCAUGAAUCCACCCCAGGAAGAUCAGUCUUUAAUUCGUCCACCUUUCAGUACAGUUUGAACUCAAUUUUAGCAAAUAGAACUUGAAUACGUAACGUUGAAUGGUAAUUAAAUGUUAUCCUAUAUAAAAUGGACGAUCCACACAGAUUUAAGACCAAGAAGAAGAAGAAGAAGAGGAAUCAAGAAUGGCGAGCAGGGGUGGUGAUGUGGUGAAGAACAAGCAGGUGAAGCUGAAGGGGUAUGUGAAAGGUUCCCCCAAGGAAUCGGACCUAUACGUGACAUCUGAAAGCACUAUCGAGCUCAGAGUGCCCGAUGGGUCUCCAGAGGGUGCUAUUUUGGUCAAGAAUCUCUACUUGUCUUGCGAUUCUUCCAUGCGAAUCCGUACGGGGGAGUCCCAACGUGCCGAGUUCCCUACCUUCCCUCUUGACGCUCCCAUAAGCGGAUUUGGGGUUGCCAAAGUGUUGGACUCUAAGAACCCAGAGUUUAAGGUGGGUGACUUAAUUUGGGGAUUCAGAAUUCAAUGGGAGGAGUACAGUCUUAUCACAAAACCUGAAGGUUUCUUCAAAAUCCAGCACACUGAUGUUCCCUUGUCUUACUACGCUAGGAUUCUUGGUAUGCCUGGAGUUACUGGCCAUUUUGGUUUUAAUGAGAUUUGUUCUCCAAAGGAAGGUGAAUAUGUCUUCAUUUCUGCGGCAUCUGGUGCUGUUGGUCAUAUUGUGGGGCAGUUUGCAAAGUUGAAGGGUUGUUAUGUUGUUGGAAGUGCUGGAAGCAAAGAAAAGGUUGAACUCUUAAAAACUAAGUUUGGAUUUGAUGAGGCUUUCAACUAUAAAGAAGAGCACGACUUGGUUGCAGCUUUGAAAAGGUUUUUCCCCAAAGGCAUUGACAUUUACUUUGAGAAUGUUGGAGGUAAAAUGCUUGAUGAAGUGCUCCUGAACAUGAGAUCACGCGGUCGAAUUGCAGUGUGUGGAAUGAUCUCUCAGCACAAUCUUGAUCAUCCAGAACCUGUUUACAAUUUGAGGAGUGUGAUAUCUAAUCGUGUUCGUAUUGAGGGCUUUGUCUGUUUCGAUUACUUCUCCCGAUACUCAGAGUUUUUAGAUGCAGUGCUGCCUUACAUCAAAGAAAAGAAGAUCAAUUCUUUGGAAGAUGUAGCUGAAGGCCUGGACAGCGGCCCUGCAGCUUUGGUAGGACUUUUCAGUGGCCGCAACAUAGGGAAGCAAGUAGUUGCUGUAGCUCAUGAGUGAUUAAUUGGUUAUCAUAUUGUAGUAUUAGAUAUUAAAUGGAGUGGUGUGUAUUAUAUGUGGGGUCUUAUGCUUGAUAAUAUAUCUAAAGAGUAAACACGAGAUGAUGUUUGUAUAACAGGACACAGAGGGAGUAAGAGAGAGUAUUAUAAAUAAAUGCAUUGGUUGGUGAUUUAUUUUGCAUGAUGUUACCAUA